AUGGCAUCACGGAGGAUAUUCAAGAUUCUAAGUGCCGCUGUGGGCGAUGGUACUUCUGCGAGACUGGGUCAGCUGGCUCUGCCAGGCCGGAAAGUAGUCGAGACGCCAAAUUUUACCAGUGUAGCUUCACGUGGUGCCGUUCCUCAUCUAACGCCCGAUAAUGUGACGAGGCAUACCGACCUGAGCUCGACCUAUAUGGCGCUCGAAGACUGCAGACCUCCUACUGACAUGGAUACAGUUGUUGAAAAGCCCAAUGCAGCCAUUUACGAGAUCGAGGGCGAGGGCGAAGACUCGCGGCCACUCCAUGCCUUCACGGCCUUUCCACAGGAAAUACCUACAAUCCUGGCCGCGAGGAGAUGUCCUGCCGUCACAGCACCUUCGGGCAACACCUCCAAGCUGCUUGCCAUUUUCACCUCCACAGGCUUCCGUAGUAUUUCGAUUGCGGAAUAUGCCGAGGCCGCGAGAAAGCUGAAGCCAGAUGUGGUGGUUGGUCCAGCCGACCUUCUCCAUUCCAGCCAAGCACCAGCUGCAAAGAAGCAACUUAGAAUGACAGAGCGGACCGAGGAUUGGCUAGACCAGUUCCUUGGCCUGUUGAAAGCGGACACACGAAUAACCUCCAACGUGCCGGAAUCUUUGAUCUUUGCCCCGCUAAUACCAGUUGAGUGGAAAAUCCAAUGGACCUAUCUACGACAUCUUGCAGAAGAGGUGUUGGACGACAUCUCUGGUCUCGCAGUAUACGACGUCAACUUGAUGCCGGAACUCGGUGCUUUCAAGUUCAGCCACCUACCCAAGCUGUCCCUCGACACUCCCCAGAACCCGCAAGACAUUUUGCGACAAAUAUCUCUGGGUAUCGACAUUUGCUUGGUACCGUUUGUCAAUAAUGUCUCCGAUGCUGGUGUGGCUCUCACUUUUAGUUUCCCGGCCCCAAAGACCGGUACGGGAAUACAGCCGCUUGGCACGAACAUGUGGUCUUCAGAACACAAAAUAUCUCUAACACCCCUGGCUGAAUCUUGCACGUGCUAUGCAUGCCAGAAGCACCACAGGGCUUUCGUCAACCACUUGCUCAAUGCCAAGGAAAUGCUAGGAUGGACCCUGCUCCAGAUCCACAACCACCACGUUCUCACAGAGUUCUUCAGAGGCAUCCGCGAGGCACUCGCCCAGGGACCUGAGGAGUUUGAGGCGCUGGUCCAGGAGUUCGCCACAGUGUAUGACUCGGAAAUACCGGCGGGCACUGGAGAGAGACCUCGAGCCAGAGGAUACCACUUCAAGAGCGAGCACCACCAAGAAAAAUAUAACCCGCGAACCUGGCAGGACCUGAAUAACAACAGUAAUCCUGGAACCGAGAGGACGGAGAAGCCGCACGAGGGUGCUGGGCCUGAUGGCCAGCCUUCGGCUUAG